AUACAAAGUAUUCAUAAUCACAUGUUAUUGUAAUAUAUUUUAUUUAUAUAACAAUCAAGAUAGAUCUCCAUCUGCACACAGUUUAUAUAAGGUAUCAUUUGAACACAAUGGCUUAUUGUGUGUACUGUUCUAAAAUAAUUCGUGCACGCACCAAAGGUUGAUUGCCUCUGUUAAUUUUCACCAGUAACAACACUCAACACUCUUGAUAUAGUCGUCAUCAAUUGCAAUCAUUACAGCAUUAACUCUUCCACUGUUGACUGCUCGUAUUCCAUAAAAAAAGUUUUCAUUUUAAAACACUGAACAGAAACUUAAAAAUGUUGGCAAUAACUUUAGCAAUUCUAGUCUUGUUAGGGACAGUUUUCUCUGAAAUAACAAUAGGAGGCAUUGAAAGGUCUAUGAGCCCAGGUGUCAGAAGUUUGGGAUAUAAGAUAAUUUACGGCGAAGACGAUAUUGCGGAAGUUAACGAAGUUGUUAAGAAAAAAGAGAAACUGGAUGUGUUGAAGAGCAAAGUCAACAUCAAUGAAGCAGCCCCUCCGCUGCCACCACAAGACGUUAAAUGUUUGAUGUCAACCGAUAAUCACUGCACUAAAAACAUGUACCAAAUUAAAGGAAUUCUCAUUGAAGCACUGAAGAACGAUUGCGAAAAAUGUUCUGUAAUGGAAAAAGAGAAAGCUGGUAAAAUUGUAGCAUCCAUGAUGGCACACGAUCCCGUCGCUUGGAAAGUUUUCCUCACGAGGUACGCUAUGUUUAUGAAAUUAAAUGCAAAAACUGAUAAUGAUGCAAAGCACAAGACAUUUAGAUAUAAGGUUAAGGGUGAACCUGAAGAAUUGCACGGAUCUAAAAACAGAAUCAUUUCACCAGGCGCUUCAGUUAGAGUCAGAAGGUAUACAUUGGAACAGGUUUAA